UCUGAGUCAGAAAAACCCAGUCUUGCUCAGGGUGUCUAAGGAAGCAUACCUAUUUCCUUUGCAUCCCAAGAUGUUGUCCUCUCAGGAGAGAGUACUGUUUUUCUGAAACGGAUUUAAUUUUUAUUGGAGACUCAGUCCUGUAGUUUUCCACUGUGGAAGAAGCUUACUACCACUAAGACCACAAGUGGGAACUGAUUGGGCUGUAAUUCCUGAUCUCAGGAGCAUUUAAAGAUCCUUAUUUUUUCUUCUUCUUAGGUUCUUAUUGGAAAUCCUUCAGUGGAGGAAUGGUGAGAAGAUACCGGCUAUUUCCAGAGGCAUCCCUGGUCCAGCUGCCUCCAAAAGGUUUUUGUCAACAGUCCCCGUUUGUGCAGUUACCAUGUCCUCCUCAUAGGGUAGCUCCAUCAUGGCAUCUAGACCGCCAGUUCAGGAUCAAUUCAUCAGUCAUACCUUGUCAGAGAGCUUCAUCUGCACAGCUACCCUGCCCCAGUGGUCAUCCCCACCAUCCCCACCGUCCCUACCAGGAUGACCUUUUCCACUGUGACCAUCUUUACCGUCGAUCAACAGCAAUACCAUUAUCUUAUCUGAAGAAUAUGUCAUCUUCAAGCCCUAAACUACAUGGUAGUUCCCCUGUCUUCCAAGAUUUCAAGGCAAAGUCAGAGCCCCCCCGGGUAAAAUCAGAUUUUGAAACUCCACUGGACCCCAAUCAGGUUGAGGAUUCAUCACACUCUUACCUAAAGGCACUGACUCCUUCAGUCAGUGAUCACUUUCCCAAGGUUUUAAAGAGCUAUGAUGAUUUGGAGGUAUCUUCAGCUGUAACUAUCCCUUCUCAAUUAUGCCCAUUGCCACCUUUUUUUCCAUCACCAACUCCUCCAUCUCCACCAUCAAUGAAGACACCACCAUUGCCACAAAAGCAGUCACCAGCAGUGCCACCACCACCACCACCACCUCUAUCACCACCACGACUAAAAACAUCCCUAUUUGGGUCCCAGUCUCAGACCAGAUUUCAGCCUCAGACUCGAUCUCUACAUCUUCAUUCAGCUUUAUUUCCAUCUAAACCUCCAAAGCAACUUCUAUCCUUUGAUGCCCAGAGGACCAAGAAACAGGCUGUAGUUCCUUUCCAUGGAGCAUGUAGGGCUAAAACUGCCUGUGCAAGAACUUCAUUGCAGCCAGUAUGUCCCCAAAGUCCCUGGGCUUUUAAGAGGAAGGAACCCCGGUUAGGAAACUAAAGCCCCAUAUCAUCAGGGUCAUCACUUGAGGGUUGUUACUGCCAUGUUAGAAUGUUUACACCUAAACCAUAAAGCCAGGUUUAUGUCAUCUCCAUUUGAAUGCUGUUCCAGGGUCAUAGCCUUGAAAACCACCAACUUGCCCAAGAACAAAGUGGUUAAGGCAUUGCAUCCUGACCCUCUCUGCUGGGGAUAGUUAAAAUGUUAUGAUUCUCUGAACAUUCUCCAGGACCUCAAAAUCUAACCCAAAUGACAAAGAUACAUAGAAGAGUGCUCACUUCCUGCUUCAUCAAUUGCAACUUCAAUACUUCCCAUUUACUAUACAGGACCCCAAAUGCUUGGGCACCAUGUACAUUCAUGCAUGGACUCUGUUAUUCACAGGCACAGGUCAUCUCAUCUCCACUUUACCACCAGGCUAGAGCAGUGGUUAUACCAUCACCAGAUUAGGAACCAUGGAAGCCUUAUCAUUCAGGCCUGGAACAUUGGGCUCAGAUCAACCUUACACUUUUUGCUGGUUCAACAAAUAAAGGUUAAGGGUCUACAAGAGCCUAAUUAUAAGACCAAGGAUAAAAAGUGAGCCACAGAAAUGACCUAUCAGGCUCUACCUGCAUCAGUUAUGACUAUUAAGCUGAAAUUUUCAUGGACUUCAACCACCAAGUCAUAAAUAUAUCAAUUGCCUUGGUCA